CUCUGCUUUGCCAAGUGCACAGGCUUGCUUUGAUGUCUCCUCCCAUUUCGGGAAGAUCGCUAACUAGGACCUUCCCCCUCUUCUUCCAAAAACAUCUCAACAGCAUCAGGAGCCAGAAACAUUGCUCUGUUCAAGGCUGGCGAGGCGGCUGUGGUCCAGCUCCCCGAUGUCUUCUGGAAUGAUGCCCCUCUCCCUUGCCACCUGUCUCCUUGCCACUUGCAUAGCUUUGGGAGCGUCUUUGGAAUGCGAAGAAUGCAUGGCUUUGGGGAGGAAUUGUCAUGGGAAUAAAAUAACAUGCACCCCUGAGAAAGAUUCCUGCGGCAUCAUAUCUAUGGACACCAUGGGGCAAACUGGUGUCAUGAAGACUUGUAUCCAAUCCAAACUGUGUACCCUAGGCAUUUCUUCUCUCAACAUGGGCAAAGCAGGAAUCAGCAGAACUGACACAAUGUGCUGCACCGGGGAUGACUGCAAAAAGUCACCACCGCCUUUGCCACCCAGAAACACCACUUUGAAUGGGGUCUCAUGUCCAGCUUGCCAUGCUUUGGAAUCUGAGUGUAAGGAAGAGAUCAUUAAAUGUACUGGGAAUGAAAACCGUUGCUUCGAGCUGUCUGGGGUUACCUCCGUAGGAACUAUUAGCUCAAACGUCAUCAUGAAGGGCUGUGGAAAUGAAGUUAUCUGUUAUGAAGCAGAGCAGAGCACCAUGUCUUUUUCAGGGAUCAGCAUAGUUCAUAAGGCCCGCUGUACUAGUGGGGCCACCACCAACAUUUCAACUAUUUUUGGACUCCUCUUCCCUGUCCUUAUGGGGCUAUUGUUUGAGAAAUUGUUUGUUUAAUUCUUUUCCAAUCACUGCUCCCCGCCCCCCGCUCUCAUUCUUUGUCUGUAUGUUUAAGGAUGACAAUUGUUCUUUGAAUGUUGGGAAACUCUGAGGAGGAUAAUAUUUGUAGUUCAGGACUUAUUCUGCAAAAAAGGGAGGGUCUUUUUUCACAGAAAUCAGCAACACAAAAAUGUUUUCUGCACACACACACCCUCAAACACUUUGUGCAAAGUAAGUCCCUAUGCUGCCAUUAGCCUUAGAGAAUGCUGGUGCCUCACUAAACUACAACUCCCAAGAUUCCAUAGCACUGAGGCAUGGUAGCUAAAGCAUCAAAUUACAUUAAUUCUACAGGAUAGAUGCACUCUUGUAUGUGACAUUGCCACUCCUUCAAGCAACCACCAGUUCUCAGCAAUGGGAUGUUGGUACUGGGAGUUACUUAUCUGACUCGAAGCUCCUCGGUAGCAAAGGAUUCUGAGCUUUUGCUGGGAUUAUGCAUAAAUGCAUACCUUUUUUUUUGUACAGUGAUGCUAUCAAGAGAAAAGUACAUAUACUGGAAGGAUGCUUUGUUUCCCUCAGUUUUAAUUAUUGUGGAGUUAAGUUGGAUAAACUGUGGACUCUGUAGUCUAAGAAAUCCGAGAUCGUCAUUGGUAGUCAGGAAUAUUAGUCAAGAGAAUGGAAGAUAGGUUAGGCUUUUUGCAGUCCAAGGUCAAGAGUUGUUAGUAAUAAUCCCAGUCAUCACCUUAAACAGAGCUGUAAAACUAUCCAUAAGUCAUAAACCAAUCACAAGACCAAAACACAACAAAAGACUCCAAACAGGAUGUCUGUAGCAGGACUUUUACCAGAUAGUAGUCGAAGCCCAUGUACUGGAAGUUUUCAUGCUUAUGCAACAUCCCAGCUGUUGUUAGUUCUGGUAUUUUGACAUGGCCCUCUGCCAAGUUCAUUUUGUUUGCUACCACACAUUGGGUCUCAACGGGAGAGUCUGGGCCAGGUGCUUCUGCUUUUCCUUCUCCUCUUCCUCCUGUCCUCAACCGCCUUCUGUUUCCCAGAAAGGUCAGACUCCUAAAAUAAUGAGAAACCAAAUCCAGCAACACCUCUUGCAACAUUACUGUUUGAGGCCCCUUCCACACAGCUGUAUAAAAUCCACAUUGAAUAUUGCAGUGUGGAUUCGGAUAAUCCAGUUCAAAGCAGAUAUUAUGGGUUAGCUGCCUUGAUAUGAUGUGUGGAAGGGCCCUGAGUUAUGUGUGCCUUCAAGCCAUCUUAUCAUCACCUCGAAGUGUUCUUGGCAAGAUGUGUUCAGGGGAGGUUUGCUUUUGCCUUCCUCUAAGGCAGAGAGAUUGUAACUUGCCCAAGCUUCCCAGGGGGGUUUCCAUGGCUGAGUGGGGAUUCAAACCUGGGUAUUCAGAGUUGUAGUCCAAUGCUGUCAAUGGCUGCAUGGAAGCAGACAUUCCAGAAGGUAUUACUUGUUACCUAGUUGUAUGACAAGCAAUAUGUGCUGAAUUUUCCUCUUUUAUACAGCCCGAGGUCUUCUCCAUUUUUCAAUUUGGCAACACCAUGCUUGCUCCCUGCAGUAGCAUUUAUUUCCUACUAAGGGUAAAGGUUUUCCCCUGACAUUAAGUCCAGUUGUGUCCACUCUGAGGGUUGGUGAUCAUCUCCAUUUCUAAACCAAAGAGCCAGCAUUGUCCAUAGACAAUGACUGCAUAGAGAACCAUUACCAUUCUGCUGGUGCAGUACCAAUUGAUCUACUCACAUUUGCAUGUUUUCAAACUGCUAGAUUGGCAGAAGCUGGGGCUAAUAACAGGAGCUCACACCGCUCCUCAAAUUUGAACAGGCGACCUUUUGGUCAGCAAGUUCAGCAGCUCAGCUGAGCCACCAAUGACUCCAUUUAUUACCUACUAUGAGCUCAUUUUCUAGCUGUGAUGUGAGUAGAGUUGCUGGACAGGAGCAUCCCACGUCCUGAUAUAUCAGAGCCAAAACCCAUGGUCUAGAGAUGCCUUUGUUGAUGUCAGAAGAGGUGGGCCUUGGUAACGUCAUGAUGCUCAGAGCACAUGAUGAUGACGAUAACAAUGAUGAUGAUGAUGAUGAUGCAGAGGAGGAGGAGAACAAAAGCCAACCCUAAGAAAGUUUUCCAAGUUCCACAUUAUACAGGAAAACAACUCAGUUGUUUUAUCACCUUUGUGAGGCACUGCUUUUAACAGCACAUAGGAGUCUAGUAAUCGAAAGAACAGUUUACAGCCUUCUUUGAACCAAAAAAUCUACAGAAAUCAACUACAAGCAGCACUGCCUACUACAAUGGGAUACACAGUAGAAUCUGUAUGCAAUUUCCAAUGCACUGUUCUUGCCCUAUUUCACUCCAGCAACUCAGAGCCAGAGAAAAGGGAUCAGAUUCUGAGAUCUUAUAAUCCUAGGAGUGAAUGAAGAGGCAAGUAAUGUUUGCCUUGGACGCUCCCACUUUGAUCAUGCCAACUGAGACACAGAAAGGGGACAGCCACUCUUUUCUGAGACAAAAUGGAUCUGGCUCGCAUAAGGGCUUUUCAUAGAAAUGUUAUAAAGCAUUAGGUUUAUGUGCUGGAAAGAAGCUCCCUCCUUGCUUUUUAGUUUUGUAUUUUAUAUUUGAUCUUGACCCACAAAUCCGAAUUCUUCCUCAUGAGUCAAUUAUUGACCUAAGAUGGACCUUUCCCUUCUUAAACCAACUUUAAAGUAAACACAAAAGACAUUCAAGAGCUUAUAUAGCUGUGAGUCCAAGAUGUGGCUGACAAUUGGAUCAUGUCAGAUUCAGAACCAUUAGCCUAAAACAACUAUAUUCAGUGCAUAUGAAAUAAUCUGAAUAAUAUACAACCAUUAUCCAGUGCGUAAUGCUGCCAAAUGCUUCAAAAUCUUCUGAACCAUUUCUCAUUACUGGCCAACUGAUUUCUGUAACUUCUUCAGUGCAGCAUAUUAUCUGCAUGGCCAAAUUAAAUGCAUUUCAGUCCAAUUAUUGGAGUUAUCUGGAAAAUACAGUUAACAAUUCACAUAUUAUGCAUCUGCGCAACAGAUAAAUAUUUGUAUACAGUGUGAUCAGGGUAACUAUUAUGAUUUUUGCUCUACAACAAAUUCUAUGUGCUGCAUUUUUUUGCACUCCUAUUGAAUAGACCAUGUUAAUGUACACAUAUCCAAUGAUGUUCUGGAAUGAUAAAAAAAUAAAGAAUGUCAAUGAUU